CGUUGAUGAAGACUUUUACAUGGAAAGUGAGGAUACAGUUCCGGACUUAUUAUCAGAAUCUGAGACGGAAGAGGAAUUUAUUAAUAACACAAAAAAAAACAGCAUGAAUAUUUGGAAGAGGGACUAGAAGAAGAGUUGGAAGAAGUGUUUGAAGAACCGCGAAAUAGCGACACAUCAAAGUCAAGUAAAAACUAUUAUGGUAUAAAUAGGUACAAAUGGUCGCGUCAAGAACCUACAAGGCAUGUUAGAACCCCUUCACACAAUUUAAUCGUUCAUUUGACAGACUUACGGCAACCGGCAAAAAUUCAGGAAUACAAUAAUCCUCAAAACGUUUGGAACUUGUUGUUCAGUGACGAUAUGAUAAAUGAGGAGCAUUCACGCAAAAGUAAACAAAUCCAUUUUUAGUACAAAAAGAGAUUGAUGUUGCAUCAUGUAGACCUCGAUCAUCUCUAUGAAAUCCCAUGCCCCGUUUUAACCAAAAGUACACAUAUCCUUGUAUAAUGGUGUGGUGAAAUCAGGAAUUUCAACCAAAGAGUAACAAAUCCGUGAACUAUUAAUUUUCGUCAAUAUCAGCGGAAUUUCUCUCAAAAAGUAACAAAUCCUUGCCGAAAAUACGGACGCGGUGUCAUAACCCAUGCAAAAGUGAACAAAUCCAGAGGUAUUUCUGAACUGCCUAAUAAAUGUCAGAUUUUUUAAAUAGUGUGCCAUCUUGUAUUUAAUAGCCUAAAUAACGGUUGAUGCACGUUCUCUAAAUGUGUUUUAGCGCUGCAAACUGUUUAGCGAUUUUCGGUAAUAGGCAUAGGCAACGAUAGAGACCGCGACGUCUGCAAACAUAUUUUACUAUUCCGUCAGCUAGAAGUGUUUGGAGUAGUUUACUUGUUUUUAGUGAUUUAUUCAUUGAUUUAUUAUUUAAAAUGGAUGACUCUUUGAUCUCAGUAGGUGAAGGUAACAGUGGAUCUCGAAAAAGAGAAAGGAAACCUACUAAAAGGGAGCGGGAACGGCGUGAAAGAUACAAGAAGCCAAACUUUGGUGCGUAUGUCAUAAGAAAGUGCAAUCAUAAAGCAAAACGAACUACAUAUGAGUGUUCAAAAGUAACUGGGGCAGAAAUAGAGCAUUGUAGAAAUAGGAUUUAUGCAGAAUCUGAGAAAAUUGCACAAGAUAUUCAAAUUUGCCAUCACAUAAUUCCAGUAGCUCCAAAAAGAAGAAGGCCCACAAAACCAAAUCCGACUAAGAUACAUAACGUUUCCAUGGAGUAUAUUAUAUCAAAUCCAUUUGGCCACGGAUUUAAAAAAGUUUGUCAAGGCUUUUUCUUGUCGGUCACUAAACUAAGCAAAAGUAGGCUCCUAAAAGUGGCAAAAUGUUUGAAUCGUGGUGGUGUUCCCAAAGAAACACGUGGAGGUGAUCAAGUAUCACAUAAGUUGCAAAGUAGCAAAGAAGAAGUACGCACGUUUUUAAAGGGAUUAAGAGGUCAAGAAAGCCACUAUGGACGUAUGAAAUCAAAGAGAAUAUACCUUAAUAGUAAUUUAUCAAUAAAUAAAUUGUACAGGGAUUAUAAAAGUAGCCCUCAAGAGACAAAAUGCCCAAAAGUGUCAAUGUCAACAUUUCACAGAAUAUUUUCCACUGAAUUUAAUAUUGGCUUUAAGUCACCCGCGACGGAUGUAUGUGGUAUGUGUGAACGUCUAAAAAAUAGCAUUCGGAGGGAAAGUAAUCCCAGCAAAAAAAGCAAUUUGAUCAUGGAAAAGAGAAUUCACACACUUAAAGCAAAAACGUUUUAUGAAUUGAUGAAGAACUCUCCACCAUUUUCAAAAACUUAUUGUUUUGACAUGCAGCAAGUUCAACCUUUGCCAAAAAGUGCUGUAGGUGAAGCAUUCUAUUUGAGGCAAAUUGGAUACUACUCGCUCUGUUUUGUCGAAAAUAAUGCGAGGGAUCCGGUUUUCUAUACUUGGACAGAGGACCAAGCCGGCAGGGGCUGCACAGAAGUUGGCUCAGCACUGUUUCACUUUUUAGGAAACGUUGAAAUUGAGGAAGACAUAGUAGAGUUACGUUUAUUUUGUGACGGCUGCGGCGGUCAAAAUAAGAAUGCUCAUAUAAUUCAUAUAUUAUUAUUUUGGCUGCAACAAACUACAAAAAAUAUAAAAUCUAUUACUCUAAUAUUCCCUGUCAGGGGCCAUAGUUUUCUACCAGUGGAUAGAGUAUUCGGUAGGGCAGAAAAAAUGUUACGAAAAGAGGCCAGUAUUAAAAAUAAAGAGCAAUACCACGCUUUGUAUAAAGAAUUAGGGAAAGUGAGGGUGUUGGGUGUUGAUUGGAUGCUUUAUAACAUCAAAGGGCUGGAAGAGAUUUAUCGAAAACUUCCAGGCAUUAGUGCAAUGAAAAAAAUUAACCUAAAGUUAAUGACUGAAAAGAAUAAUACUGUGGUUAAGUGUCGUGGUCUACUUAAUUACAGAUUUGAAUCACCUACUGACAUAUUCCAAAAUCUCGGCAAGCGAGGACGUUCUUCAAAAAAUUAUGAAUUGGAACAGUUACCUUUAGUACGCCACUUACCACCUGAAAAAGUCACCAAUGUUGAAAGUCUUCUAAAGGCGGAAUUUAAUGAUGACUGGCGGGCAGAUCCAGAACUAGCCUGGUAUAAAAUUAUCAUUGAUGGUAAUAUUGAAAACGCUACACAGAUGGUAAAAGACAACGCUGAAGAUGUAGAACAGGAAAGUGAUUGUGACUGUUUAUGUGAAGAAGAUCCUGCGCUUCACCUUUAA